UUGAUGACCUAUGACCAUGUGGAAAUUACCUUCAGUGACAUGGAGCCAAUUCCAGAGGCCUUCAAAGGAACCAAGAAAGGGAGUGUUUUCCUGACUCCCUACAGAGUUAUCUUUGUAUCAAAGGGGAAGGAUGCUAUGCAGUCUUUCGUGAUGCCCUUUUAUUUGUUGAAGGACUGUGAGAUUAAGCAGCCUGUCUUCGGAGCCAAUUACAUCAAGGGCACAGUGAAAGCAGAGGCAGGAGGUGGCUGGGAAGGAUCUGCCACGUUCAAGAUGACCUUUUCAGCUGGGGGUGCCAUCGAGUUUGGGCAGAGGAUGCUGCAGGUGGCAUCACAAGUCUCCAGAGGUGAAAUACCCAGUGGAGCUUAUGGCUAUUCCUACAUGCCAAAUGGAUCCUAUGGCUUUGCACCACCUGCAGCCAAUGGGGGCUUCCCAUACCCACCACCUCCUCCUGAAUUCUAUCCUGGCCCUCCUGUGGCUGAUGGAGACAUGGGCUACAUGCAGCUCCCACCCCCACCAUACCCAGGGCCCAUGGAACCCCCUGUGAGUGGUCCAGACCUGCCUUCCACUCCUGCAGCUGAAGCUAAGGCUGCUGAGGCUGCUGCCAGUGCUUACUACAGCCCAGGCAACCCACAUAAUGUCUACAUGCCCACGGACCAGCCACCACCUCCUCCAUACUACCCACCAGAGGACAAGAAAAACCAAUAAGCUGACACAGAACUUUUCCAUGACUCAUUGCUUUCUUACUUUCCAUUUUGGCAAAAUUUUGGGGCACAGUCCAUAGCACUGCGGAGCAGAGCCUUCCCCCAAGGCACAUUGCUUGCAGGGGCUCUAGGAGGAGGUCUGUGCAGGGCAAGGGGAGAGAUUUCAGCAGCCUGGGUCACC